GUUUUGUUUGUGUGCAAUUUCCAGGCGCUGGUAUGUAUUGAGGAUGAGUGGAGUUGGUGAAAACUCAUCUGACCCUGCCAGGGCAGAGGCACGAAAACGCAAAGAAUGUUCUGCUGAGCCUAAAGGACCCAGUCCGAAGCGGAGCAACGAAAAGCGUAACCGCGAGCAUGAAAAUAAAUACAUCGAAGAGCUCGCCGAGCUGAUCUUCGCCAACUUUAAUGACAUUGACAACUUCAACGUCAAGCCUGACAAAUGUGCAAUCCUGAAGGAAACUGUGAAACAAAUCCGACAAAUAAAGGAGCAAGAAAAAGCUGCAGCAGCAAACGAGGAGGAGGUACAGAAGGCUGAUGUCUCAUCGACAGGCCAAAGUGUCAUUGACAAAGAUGCUUUGGGACCGAUGAUGCUGGAGGCUCUUGACGGUUUCUUCUUCGUGGUGAACAUGGAGGGCAACAUCGUGUUUGUGUCUGAGAAUGUGACCCAGUACCUGCGCUACAACCAGGAGGAGCUGAUGAACACCAGCGUGUACAGCGUGCUGCACGUCGGAGAUCACGCCGAGUUCAUCAAGAACCUGCUGCCUAAAUCCCUCGUGAACGGCGUCCCGUGGUCCAGCGAGGGUCCGAGGAGGAACAGUCACACGUUCAACUGCAGAAUGCUCGUCAACCCGCACAGCGAGAACCAGGACGAGGCGCACGAGCACGAGCCCCAGCAGCAGAAAUAUGAGACCAUGCAGUGUUUUGCUGUUUCAGAACCCAAGUCCAUCAAGGAGGAAGGAGACGACUUUCAGUCGUGUCUGAUCUGCGUGGCUCGGAGGGUGCCCACGAAGGAAAGGCCGGUGCUUCCCACUCAUGAGAGCUUCACUACACGCCAGGACCUGCAAGGUAAGAUAACGUCUCUGGACACUAGUCUGCUACGAGCGUCGAUGAAGCCAGGCUGGGAAGAUCUCGUUAGGCGCUGUAUCCAGAGGUUCCACCUACAAAAUGAUGGAGAGAUGUCUUUUGCAAAGAGACACCAGCAGGAAGUUCUUCGCCACGGUCAAGCAUUCAGUCCCAUCUACCGGUUCUCCCUGUCCGACGGCACCAUGGUUUCUGCCCACACCAAGAGCAAAUUGGUGCGUUCAUCUGCCACGAACGAACCCCAACUCUACAUGUCUCUGCACAUUCUUCAGAGGGAGCCGGUCUGUGGAAUGGGUCAGGAUGUGGGUCCUGGCAACCAGGAAACAGGGAUGACCCCCAGACCCAUGAACUCCUCCACCCCCUCCAUGACUCCACCCACCCCGGGGAGRGUGCCAGGUUCAGGACCUCAGGGCCAAGACACUACUAUCAGCAGCAACAGCACACCUUUCUCCCCGCCCGGCCCAGCUGGUCCCAGAGAGCCAGCCGCUAUGGGGGGCCACAUGCAAGGCUACCGCUUCGGCUGCCCCCCGCCACACAACUACACCGGGGGAAUGCAACCGCCACAGCAGGGCCCAAACUGGAGGAUGAACAGCCCUUCCCGAGCUAGCCCCAGCCCGGCCGGGGGCCCCCAUCCACCUCAGCAGAACUCUAUGCUGUCACCCCGGCACCGCGGCAGUCCUGUGGGGGCWGGCAGCCCUCGUGUAGCACCCUCCCCGGUCUCCAUGUGUGGAGGGGGGCCUGGCAGUGCAGGCGGUAGCAGCAGUAGCMCUCAUCCUAACAGCUACACUAGCAGUUCGCUGUCAGCUCUACAGGCCCUGAGUGAGUGCCACGGGGUGGGGCACGGGCCCCCCCACACGCUAAACUCACCGGACCAGAAGUUAGGUUCCCCGGUCGGGCUCACGCCGGGGUCAGUAAACACCCACCUGAUGCCAAAACUCGGUGGAAGCAGCAGUGUAACCGGUGGAGCAGGAGACUUCGGACCCCACGCAGAGGUGAGCCAGGGGCACGGCCAGGUCCAGAGUGACGGCGGUCUGCUGGAGCCCAAAGAGGAGAGGGAGGGGGGCCCCGAGGGCCACGACGCUCACAGCCGCCUGCACGACAACAAGGGCCACACCAAGCUGCUGCAGCUGCUCACCACCAAGCCAGAACCUCUGGAGACACCCCUGUCCCCCGGCGCCGGGGGGGAGGGAAAGGAGCAGGCCACCGCGGGGGUCCGAGGCGGUCACAUAGCGGGGAGCACUCACGCCACGUUCUUCAAAGAAAAACACAAAAUCCUCCACCAGCUGCUCCAGAACAGCACGUCCCCCGUAGACCUGGCCAAGCUCACUGCCGAGGCUACGGGCAAAGAACUGGGCCAGGACCAGUCGCAGGGUGCUGGAGGCACCGCUGCUGGGGCCGAACUCACUCCCAAGGAGCCGUUGAGCCCCAAAAAGAAGGACAAUGCACUGCUGCGCUAUCUACUGGAUAAGGACGACACUGUACUGAAGGACAAGGUCCCCAAGCGGGAGCCCGGGGAGGAGGAGAAGAACCCCCAGGUGAAGMUGGAGAAACAAGAUGCAGAAUACGACCGGAUCGAGCAGUCGUCAGAGCUGGACGACAUCCUCAACGACCUGCAGGACGCUCAGGUUUCUUUGCCCAGUCCCAUGGACAAACAGAACAUCAUAAACAACAUCCUGCAGAUGUCGGAGGCUGGUCCGGUCAUGGCGGCGCAGCAGCAGCAACACAGAGGUCUUGCGGCUAGCAUGGGCCCAACUAAUACGUCCUACUACUUCGGGGGUGUUCGACAAGGUCCACCUGGCAGGAGUUUGUCUGUGAGGAGUCUCCCUCUGGACAUGAAUGUGUCCCCUCAGCAGCCUCCAUUACAGUACCCCAUAAGGGCUUCAAGCCCGUACACCCUCAUGCAGCAGCAGCAGCAACAACAYCAACAACAACAACAAGGGAUGGGAAGUCACAGCAUGAUGCCUAACCAGGCUGGAAUGGUCAAUGCAGGGCUGAUGGCUCCAGGUGGUCCACGGCCAGGCAUGCAGCAGGAGGGCUGGGUGGGUUCUGCCAACGCGCCUCCGCUGGGAGCAUCCGGACCCGUACAGCAAAAUGCGAUGCAGGGCAGAAUGGGUCCUCAAAUAAGAGCCAACAGCCAGCCCCGGCCGAUGCUCCAGUCCCCGAUGAUGGCCAACGCCCAACCUGACAUGGACAUUACUUUGGUCGGCCACCAUUUCUCCCAACAACAAGCUCCACCCAACCAGACGGCGCCUUUACCGGACAGCAUGAUGCCAAUCGAUCAGACUGUUUUUGUAAACCAGAACAGAUCUGCACCCCAAGAUGAUCAUCUCUGCAACCCGGGGCUCGGUACUGAUGGGAGCGCGGUGGAUGAAGGAGCCUUGAUGUCCCAGCUGUACACGGCACUGAAAGACUUUGACGGUCUGGAGGAGCUCGAUCGGGCUCUUGGGAUCCCCGCCCUGGUUGAACAGAGCCAGUCACUGGAGCCAGACCAGUUCCCACAGGACCCCUCCAUGAUGUUAGACCAGAAGCCCCCAAUGUACACCCAGCAGUUCGGCCCUCCACCGUCCCACAUGGCACCGAGGGGCUUCCCCGCGGCUCCCCUUCAAGAACCCAGCUUUCACCCCAUGUCCGGCCAAAUGGGUCCGCGGCCGGGUUACCCAAUGAUGAGAAUGCAGCCUCGGCCGGGACUCAGGCCUGUGGGCGUAGCCCCCAACCAGCCCAACACACUACGACUGCAACUCCAGCACCGGCUACAGUCACAACAGCAGAACCGUCAGCCAWUGAUGACUCAGAUGAGUAGUGGGUCAAAUGUGAACCUACCCCUUCGAGCCAGUGCUCCAACCCAGGCAACCAUCAAUGCUCGGAUGUUGGCUCAGCGUCAGCGGGAACUUCUGAGUAACCACCUGAGGCAGAGGGAGCAGGUGCGACAGGCCCAGCAGGUUCAGCAGCAGCGGAGCAUGGCCAUGAGAGCCACCCUGCCUCCCAACAUGGCCGCCGUGGGCAUGAGCAGCCCCAGGAAUCCUCAGGCAACCCCCCCGCAGUUCCCCUACCCGCCCAGCUACGGUACCAGUACAGGCCUGGCCUCGUCCCCUCCCCCCACCAGCCCGUUCUCCUCCCCUCUCUCCCCCAGCCUGCCCUCUCUCCCCCCCACCCCUCAGCUCCAUCUGCAUGGCACCUCCUCCUCCUCCUCCUCCUCUUCCUCUCAGAUGAUGAUGGGAAACACAAACAUGAUGGGCGGACAGUACGGGGCCGUACUCAGCCCCCAAAUGCAGCACAGUGCCUUUCAGUUUCCCAACUCAGGUAUGAACCAACAGGCAGACGCAAGCUUUGGAGGAACCAGCACGCCGCAGAGCCCCCUGCUGUCCCCCCGCAUGGCCCACACUCAGUCCCCCAUGAUUCAACAGGGCCAACAGAACWCUGCUUUCCAGGGUUCUCCUGACAUGAACGGCUGGCCGCAGGGCAACAUGGGAGGGAACAGUAUAUUCCCGCAGCAGCAGACAUCCCCGCAGUUCACGCAGCAGAACAACGGCAACAUGUACAACGGCAGCGCCAUGAGCCUCAACAGCAUCUCCAUGAGCACCAACAUGGCACCCAGCAGCAUGAGUCAGAUGGCGGGACAGAUGAGCAUCACAUCCAUGGCGUCAGGGUCCUCACCUGGCCUGCCCUCCAUGGGACAAGAACAGAAAUAUUGUUGACCUUCGUGAAGCCUCACGACUCAAUCUUCAAAGAUCAGCUGGAGCGAGGAGCUCGUCGGCCCUGUAAGAACAAAAACGCAAACUAAUCGGCUGCCCCUCGAACCAGCCAGGCCAGCGCCCUGAACCCCCCCUCGUCCUUCCCUUGUCCCCCACCACCACCACAUAUAGACACAGUGCGCAGAAGGCCGGGGGAAGGACCUCCAGCCAACUUACCUAACCCCUCCUGGAGGAGAGCCUGCCGAUGAAUCUGCCUGUCCAGCCGCAUUCACCGUAGUGUGACUUACUGUCGGCCUCCUGGAGGGGGCGAGGUGAGGGGGGGGGGACAUGAAAUUGGGCAGAAGCGUCGGGGUCUUUGUUCUGAUGAAUGUAUUCCUCUCAGUGGACCGCGGCCAUUUACAAUCUCGUCUCAAACUCAAACUGAUUCAUUUUCUCCUCCGGCUACAUUUGUUUGUUUUUCUGUUUCAAAACGGCAGCAAAGACUCCCAGGUUACGUUCGGAAUCAUGGAUGGAGAUCAAACAGGACAGUUUUGCCUUUUUUUUUUGCUGUUUGUUAUUUUAUUAUUAUUUUAGUUUUUUAUUCUUGUGAAAAUUCAAAUGUAGAGUGACGACGUGGCGGGAGGAGGAAGAAAAAAAACUGUUCUUGAUAAACACUGCAGAAGAAUGAUUGGAGUGAAAUUCUAUGAUUAGACUAAUUUAGUCGAGAGGUUUAAAUAGUGUAUUAAAUUAAGUUUUAUUUUUCUGUAUAGAUUCAUUUUAAUUAUUGUAGAUGAUUCUUUAUCCUUGUAGCAAGAAGACGGUUCCUAAAAGUGUAAAAGGAGCACUUUUCUAUCAUUUUUAACAGUAACGGUUUUAUUCUUUCUGAGAAGAUUCUUCUAUUAACCUGAAUUAUGGAUUAUGCUUUGGUCCGGUUGUUUCAGAAAAAUCAAAUAUGGUUUAAAAUGAAUUGUACAUACAGAUAAGUAAAAUGUUUUCUUUCUUAUUUAUUUUCUUCACUAGGGGUUUUUGUUCUCCCAUCCUGGUCAAAGCUGCCUCUUGAAGUAGUGCAGUUAUUUAGCUUUUUGUUUGUUUUGUUUGUUUGGUUUUCGGGAACCCUGACGUUGUGGUACGAUGAAGAAGGGGCGGGGUUUCUGUGAGAAGUCGGGCGGGUUGUAAAAGGGUGUGCUGUGUAUACAGUGUACAGAUUAUGGCUUGCUUCUCUGCCUUUAGCAUAGAACACAAACAAAACAAAAAAAAACUCAACACAGCCAUACGGUAACUCAAAAAGUAUAAAAGUGUGCUUUCUUUGUCGUCUGGAGUGAAAAGUGCUUCAUACAAGCUGCUAGGUGCAAACUGUUCUGGUGUGAUGUAAACAAGCAAUAACAAUUACUUGAGAAUUUCCUCCUUUUUGUUUGUUUGUUUGUUUUUUGUAAGUUUUGUACAGUUUCCUGAAUAUGAAAAAGGACACAUUUUUGCUCUGCGUUUGGAUGCAGUAUUAAACACGGUUUUUUUAUUGCAGUUUGUACCAAGAAAGUCUACAAUCCACACAUACAGAUAUACACACACACACACACAGCGCUCUUAUUAAAUUAUGCAGCACCGGGCUGAGAUCCGGAGAGGGAGGUGGUUUAUCCGCACCCCCCCGUAUUAAAAGGCGCCCCCCUCUCUUCCUCCAGCCUUUCUUCUAUCGCAGAGGUCAGAGUUAAGACUGCAUGCUUUACGAGGCUCCUGCUCUGACAGACACUUAGCCAUAUUUUAUGACCUCAGGCGAGUUCGUUCGACUCUAAAGGUAAUGACGCGCUGUUCUUGCGAUGGCUUCACCGUCGCAUCCGAAGCAAAUCAUCCUCUCUAACCUCAAACGUUUAAAAAAGAAAAAAAAUGUUUUUUAUAUAAACUAUUUUAACCCAGGACAGACUUUGAGCAAGCCAAAUAAUCCUCACAUUUCAAUUGGAUUUCUCAAUUUCCUUUCAGUCCCUUUUUUCGUCACCAGGCCCACGCAAACCAGGAAACCUCCAAUGAUGUCACUUAACGGGUCUGACGCGGACGCUUCAUUGUAAAACAGGAAGAGAGUCACUCUGAAUGUAUCGUCAUUACAGGCCUAAGGAUGUGACUUAUUUCCCUCCGUGGUGUUUUGCAGUCACGCUCUUCUCCACUUGUUGCUUUUUAUUGUUUUUCUCUCUCUGUAUGAAAUUUUGAAGCUGUAGCAGGUCUGUUCCGGGACAAAGAGAGGCUGCAUGAGCACUCUGGUUUGCCCCUGCAGAUGUUUUUUUUUUUUUUUUUUUUUGUCGCGGGGGUCUACAGGAGAUUUUCAGUGCUGUUUUGAUUGUAAAAAUCCACCUUUGCAGGAAUAUAUAUAUUUAAAAGACAAAAAAGAAAGAAAGAAAAGCCUUUUGAGCCAUUUUAAAGGAUUCACAGCCCUUUGCAAAACUCCCAAAGAUUGUCGAGAUUUUGAACUGACUUAAAGCCAUGUGGUAGCAGUGCGUUUUAUUUGAUUUUUAUUAGCAUUUAUAAUGAGGACCGGUGCAAAAUAAAUCCUUUUGCCCACGUACAGAUAUUCAGGCUUUGGACUCACUAAACAAAACCUUUUUUUUCCUCUUUAACUUAAAGAACUUUAAAUGCCCUUUUGUAUUGUCUGCUGGUUUCUUAGAGCUAAGAUGCAACCUUUAAACGCUAACCCCGCUCCCAGAGUAAUGCCUUAGAUUUUUGUCUGUUCCUGUUUCCUGUAAAUGAAUUCUUCUGCUGUCUGUAUAAAAUUGUAUAAUGACUGGUGUACAGUAUUGAAUGAGUGCAUCGUUGUUCAACUCUUAUCAGCUGCUGACGACUCUGCCACAGUUUUUAACGCACCCCCACAUCAUUGCUCUCCUCUGUGUUGGGUUACGUCAACGAUGGAAAAAGAAACACAUAUUGAAGCAAUAUGUUCUAAACUGUAUGGACUUCUCUGAAGAAGGCUCCCACCCGCAUCCAUCACAGGAGUCGCACCUAAAACCUGCAUCGAUCCGAUCUUUGUACCCCCCAAYUGUGUGUGUCUGUGUGUGCGCGCAUGUGUGAGCGUUUUAUGCAAAAUUAGAUAUACAAGAGAAGUUAAAACCACAGUUAUGCAAGUUGUGAACUAAUAUGGCUUCGCUGAUGCUAUUUGCCUUGUAAAUAAAGAAUUCUGUUAUUGCAUUAUUUAA